AAAAUUAUAAAAAUUUACAGAAUCUGCUCCAGCACUUAUUCUAGUAUUACUUGUGGAUAACUGUUAACGACACGUUGAGGCAUAUGGUGCAGUUUAGAUAAUCGAUAGAUAGCUUAUAUCGGUCAUUGCAAAUGCAACUUAAAUGGCUACGUUUGCAAUAACGUUACGCGUUUGGAGAAGAGGACUAAAUUCGUUUUGCAAAAAGCGAAGCACUGCAUCUAAUGCACCAGGAGUAAGGUUCUACAGCGCCUUAAUGAAAGCAGCGAAACAGAACGUAAAUGGCGUGGAUCUGUUUUACCAGCAAACUGGCACUGGGCAGCACGCAGUCAUGCUAAUUCCUGGAGCAUUGGGAAGUGGACAGACAGAUUUUGGGCCUCAGCUGGAGUCCCUGGAUAAAGACCGUUUCACGGUGGUGAGCCUGGACCCCCGGGGAUACGGGAACUCGCGACCGCCGGAGAGAGACUUCCCCUUGGAUUUUUUUGAGCGGGACGCCAAGGACGCGGUGGACCUGAUGCUGGCAUUAAAGUUUCCGCGGUUUUCCUUGCUGGGGUGGAGCGAUGGUGGAAUCUGCGCUCUGAUUGCUGCAGCUCGGAACCCCUCCCUCGUCAGGAAGCUGGUCGUGUGGGGAUCCAACGUCUACGUGUCAGAACAGGAUGUGAAGAUUUACAACGGCCUCAGAGACGUGUCAGCCUGGAGCGCGAGGAUGAGGAAGCCGAUGGAGGACGUGUACGGGGCCCGGGGCUUCCCCAAAAUCUGGGGGGCCUGGGUGGACGGCAUCAGCCAGUUCGCGCAGAGGCCGGACGGAAACAUCUGCCGCGAGCUGCUCCCGCACAUCAGCUGCCCCACCCUGAUCGUGCAUGGAGAGAAGGACCCCGUGGUGCCAGCCUGCCACCCGCAGUACCUCCUGGAGCACAUCCGGAACUCGCUCCUGCACCUGAUGCCGGAAGGAAAGCACAAUCUGCACCUGAGGUUUGCCACAGAGUUCAACCAGCUGGUGGAAGAGUUCCUCUUCGACUGAGGGGUCGAGGCUCAGGGGUGGGUGCCCCCUAGCGGCAGGCUGGAGGAACUGCAACCAUCUCAUUCAUCAGCCAUAUAUUCAGGAGUGCCAAUAUCCUAAGGGGCUAAAUAAAAAAAGAACGCAUUCACGUUCAUUGCCUGAUUCAAUCUGUAGCCACUUGACUAAUCUAGGUCACUCUCAUAAUUAUAAAUAAAUUUGUACCAAGGAA